GCAAGCAUUCGUGGGCUUUGAUCAUAGAUAUAAACGAAGUGACGCAGCUGUUUUACGUGAAUUCCCGAACUAGGUCCAUCCAUCCAUGGCAUCUCCAUUGAAGGCGUUGCUGGCCCUGCCCACCCAACUGACACGCCAAAGGUUGUUCCACGGUAGUGCCAUCCAACAUGCUCGACGUGGUCCCAAACGCUAUUUCGGCUACACCAGGGCCCAACUCCUGGAUGGUGUGAUGCUCACCAACUCCAACAUCUGCCUUCUCAUCUCCCUGAGCUCCAUCCCGUUUUUUAUCUACCUGACGAGCCAUUACGUGACCGCAGUCAAACCUGAGACUGACAAACGCGUUCAAGCCGCGAAAGAAGACUUGCUGUCUGAAGGCAAGCCCUUGACGGCUUAGAUUAUUCUCCCAUCCAUUCAUUAGCUUCUACAUCAUGGCCAGCCCAUCUGGGAUGGUCGUGCAAUACGUUGUGGUGCGGGGCGACCUUUUGACUAAGAUGUCUUGGCCCGUGGGGGCCUUGGUGGCUCAGGCUUGUCAUGCGGCUACGGCUGUCAUUCAUCUCUUCUACUCGGAUGAGCACACGCAAACCUAUUUGGCGGAUCUAGAUAACAUGCACAAGGUUAUAUUAGAGGCUGCGGAUGAGCCAGCCUUGCGGACGUUGGCGGCCAAGUUAACCGAGGCCGGGAUUGACCACAAGUUGUGGGUCGAGCAACCCGAGGACUUUCCCACUUGCUUGGCCGUUAAACCCUAUCCCAAAAUGGACGUCCAGAAGCAUUUCAAGAAAUUCAAGCUCUACAAAGGUCCGGCGCUCCGCGUGCCUUCCGCUAAAAGUGAAGAGACCGGAUCAAGCACGUGAUAGUGACAUUUAGAGACACGUUUAUUAUCCCCACCAACGCUAGUGUGAGAGUGAAACAAUCAGUUGUAGAUCGAUAAUAAAGAGCCAACCGAA